CUUUGUUCAUUUACAACUAUUUCCGGCGGAGGUUCUCAGAACAGUCUUGUUUAAAAAAUUGACAAAGCUUGCUCCCUCAUCGUAGCAGGCACAGUCAGAAUGGCGGACCGGCCUCCCACAGAACUGAAGCCAAAAUGUACUCCCGCGGAGCUCAUGUUGAAGGUUAUCCUCAUGGGGACCUUGAGCCACUAUGAAACUCGUGGGAUGAUUGACGACAAGCGUUUGGACCACAUGCUGUCCGCUGGAAAACAGAUUUUGUACAAGACGCAUCAAGAAAGCGACGUUAGACAUAGCCUAGGCUUGUCCCCCGACAUUUGGCAAGGCUUUACAGAUGUCCUUACCAAAGCUAUCCCCGUCCUCGAGUCACAGUCGUUCAUUUGGAAAAGCUCACCAGCAGCGAAUUAUGACCAUUCCUCGUCAAAUCUAAUCGCCUACAAUUACUUCUCGCUCGUGAAGGAUAUUGAACGUCUGAAUGACCUCUGCACCAUUGCUCGGAAUCUUCUGGCAACCACAAAGAAAGCGCAAAAUAUGGCCGCUGAGAAGGGAUUUGAUCAGAGGGUUCUGGCUCUGGUAGAUACCUGUGUGCGGGUAACAGCGCGGGGAUUCGACGGCGAAACGAAUGCGAGAAACGAAGAGCGUUGGCAAAAGGUAGUCAACCUUUACAAGCGUCUAUUGAUUACAUGUCUUCAGUUCCUUCAUAACUUUAUUAUGCAUAACGAGCAACGGAAAAUGGUUCUCUGGCUGGACCUUUUUGGAUACCAUUCGACCGGAGAUUCAAACAUUAUCCAACCGAAGGAGCCUCUUGACCAGGCUAGCAGCCAGUCAGAAGGCCUAGCACCAAUCGUUAGAACUGGCGAAAGGAUAGUGAACCCUCCAAUUCGGGCCCUUUACGAUCAAACAGCCGAAGAUCUCCUCUUAGAGACUAUAUCCAAUUUCCCCCGGGAGCCAGCAACUAUCAAGGAAGAGGCCGCCAUGCUACUCCUUGCCAACAUUAAAGAUCACAUGGAGAAGCUCCUUGGACGUGAUUUGACAGCAAUUCAGGAAAUGGGGAAGGAUCCGGAUCAGGUCAAGGAGAUUCGUGCGGCGCUUACUGCUAUCCUAGGUGCCAAGGUCGAUGGAUGGUCAGACCUGCAGGACAGGGCUAAAGACCUCCCACCUGCUCUUCCGGAUGACGAACCUCCACGAAAGAAGUCUAUUCUCACCAUUGAUCGCAGUCCAACCGCCGGAUUUCCACGCAUCUGCUGGUCAGACCUUCCCGAUCUCAACGAAUAUGGUGCACUCGCUGCCGGCGACGCAGCUAUCAUGGAGGAAGAUACAACGAUGCCCAGAUCCGCGCAGUCUGCAGCAGAGACACUUCAAGAAGCCAAGGAUGAGCUAAUGGCGCGCCUGCAGGAGACCUCACAAAUCGGCGGUGAUGGCGAUCAGGACUAUGAUGCAGGAGACGCAUGCACUGUUGGAGAUGAUGAUUCACGGAGUUUAGAAGCAGUGGCUGAUGGAAGCAUGGAUGACGACGAGGAAGACGAAGACGAAGACGACGAUGACUACCGUGGCCGCCCCGGCGACCAACAGCGCGGCCUGCUGACCGAUAUUCCUCUCGUGUUGGGUCCUGCUGAGAUCGAAGCGCUUCCCAUGAUUAUUCAAGCCGGGAUAGUCGAUAGCUUUGGACUGAAAGGUGGUGAAAGAACCGGGUCAAGAAAUAUGCAAGCCCUCAGGUGCCACAUUCUUCUCACCCAAGAGACGGGCCGGAACCUGCUCCGGGAGCUGUUGAUCUUCAUCGCUGCCUGGGAUCUUCCUGACGAUGAGCUUUAUUUCAAGAUGAUGGUGCAAAUAAUGGACGCAGUGCUCAAGAACGGCUUGAUGUCUCAUGCCUAUUCGGACUUCGGUCAACCAAAAGAUAUCAUUUCUCCGGCGCAGGCUGUUGUUGUGAAGAUUCUCACACACAUCUUCAGAGCCAAGUACUCUCCUGCUUCAGUGACUGGUUCCAACCAAGCCAAUGCCACAAAAAACCCAGCUCCACUUUCACGAGUCGACAUCCUUACCGUCCGUUACAUAUUUACCAUCUUCCGCGGAAACAUCAUCCCCGAAACGUGCGCCCUAAUCUAUCUUCAAGGCCAAAUCCGAGCCGGACGAGCCCUUCCUGAAGACUUCCCUCUAAACCUGUGGGAUAUGGAGCGUGUUUAUGAGGGAGUCUACCAAUUCCUGGAGUUCUUUGCCGUGCUUACAGAAAACAACGAUUGGAAGAACCUUUUAGUCAAGUGGGAGAUUGUUUACGACCUAGUUACAUUGAUCAAGGAGCUCGAAGCAAGCAUUCCUAAAGGUCAGCUAAGUGCCCUGUCCCUUGGACGCAACAGUCCGUCCAAAGAGCAGCAACAGAGCUCUAGCCCUGGGCCCAUUGCAGUUGAGAGACCGUAUGAUCCCAGCGACCCCGAUCCCACAGAUGGCAGUACCGUGUCAAGAGCCGAGUCUCCACCUAUCACCGAGGACCCCUCUGAAUUCGAAUGGAGGAAUCUUAAGAAGCUCGUGGUCCUUGUCCUCUCCUCCCUCGUCUGGAAAUGCCCCGAGGUUCAAGACCAAAUCCGCAAAUACGGUGGCGUUGAGACCAUUCUUUCUUGCACCAACUUUGAUGCGCACAACCCGUAUAUUAAAGAGCAUGCUGUGAUGUGUCUAAAGUUCCUUUUGGAGGGUAACCGGGAGAACCAGAAAUUGAUCGAGGAGCUGGAGGCACGAGAGGUCAGAGACGACAGCGGGUUACUGGAGAAGCGAGGUCUCGAGGCCGUGAUUGACAAGACUGGCAAGCUGGCAAUCCGACCUCGGGAUCAACUGACACCUGAUAGCAGUGAUAGAGUAACAGAAUUGUAGAGUUGUACAUAGACGUAUGAUAUGGAUGACAGCAUAUUCAUGACAUGCUUGGUGGGGGAAAAAAUCGGCGCAGUUUCUUGAUUCAAAUUCUAUUGCAUUGCCCGAGAUAAGACGUUCACACAAACCUAGUAGAACUACUUUUGAAUAUCGAAUUUAAAUAGGGGAAUAUCAAAUGUUCUAAUCGUAAAAUCAAUUUCC